AUGUCUUAUAAUCAAAAUCCCUACGGUCAGCCUAGCCCUUACAACGACGGUCCUUCGGCCGAGGGCGGUUAUGGCGGCAGCUAUGGCGGCAACUAUGGUGGAGGUUACGACAACAACGGCUACGGUCAACAGCCCGAAUCACACGAGAUGCAGACAUAUGGCCAGCAACAACGUCAACCUCACGGCCCUGAUACCACGGCCACCGGCGCUCCUCUAUCCCAGCAAGAAUUCUUGAACAGUGUCCGCGACGUCGAAGGCCACAUCCAACAGUUCCGCGCAAACCUCGACCAGAUCCGCACUCUUCACCAACAGUCCCUCUCCGAUACCAGCGGCCGCCCGCCCCCAGGCCUCGAGCAGCUGCAGGCCGUGACCGAGCAGCUCAAGUCACAGAUCAAGACCGAAGUCGACAACCUUGUCUCUGAUGCCACCCGGACCGGCGACGGUACCUUCAACACCAAGAAGCGCCAGGCCGAGCGCCUCAGGGAUCUGUACAAGGAUGCUAUUCAGGCCUACCUUGUGGAGGAGCGCCGCCACAAGGGCCAGAUUGGCGAGCAGGCCGUUCGUCAGCUGUUGAUUGUCAACCCCGAUGCGACGCCCCAGGAACAGGAUGCUGUGCGCAACGGCGACAUGCAGCAGGAUCAGAUCUUCCAGAGUGCUCUCCUACAAUCUAACCGCGUCGGCGCCGCCAAGGCCGUCCUCGGCAACGUACAAGCCCGCCACCAGGAACUCCUCCGCGUCGAGCAAUCGAUGCAAGAGCUCGCCCAACUCUUCGAGUACCUCAACACGCUCAUCGUGCAGCAGGGCGAGGUCAUCGCCGACGUGGUACAAAAGACGGAGCAGGUCAACGACAACAUGGACAAGGGCAUCCAGGAGGUUGACAAGGGCGUCAAGCACGCACGCAACCGCCGCAAGCUCAAAUGGUACUGCUUGCUGGUGUGCGUGCUCAUCAUCAUUGCCAUUGCGCUCGGUGUCGGCCUGGGCGUCUACUUCUCGAACAAGAAGAAUUAGAGAUUCGGUGGUGGUUCGGGAGGUUCAGACGCAGAUGAGGCUGGUGGCUUGAAAGGGGCCACGCCGCCGCCGUCGCAGCAGCAGCAGCAGGCGCAACAGCAGUCACAGUCGCAGGCGCAGGUGAUCCCUCCUGUGCCGGUUAUUCCUCCACUAGCUCCGAUACCUGUGCCGCUCCCAACGGUUGUUCCAGCGCCAGUGCCUUCAGGCGGAGGUAACCACGCUUAUGCUCCUCAGGCUCAAGGACUAAGUUGGAACGCGACGGUGGCUGGAGAGAAGAGAUUUUACAGUGCGGGCUGGUAAUGGCCCCUACCAAACUCGACACAUACACAACUAAUACC